GAUUCAAUAGAAAUUCUGUCUAACCAGGGAGUCAGGAUUGAGCCGUACCACAAAAGUCACGUCAAACUGGCAUUAGUUGAUCAACUAGACACAAGUGAUAAUUCUGAAUUUCGACUGAGUUUCGACUUUAGAACAACUUCUCCUGAUGGAGUCUUGUUCUACGGCAGAUCCAAGAACCCGCGGGAGUUAAUAGGGCUGGUCCUGAAUGGAGGUGACCUCAUUUACAAAAUCCAGUGCCCCAGUCUGCACGCAGACAUCUUGUUGCCAACAAAAAACAACAGCAGACUCAACGAUGGCACCUGGCAUAAAAUUGCCUACAGUAUUAAGUAUCGACCAUACGACACAAAAGGCUACAUAGAAAUUGAUGGUCACUCAAGUAUCAAGCGGUAUAUAGUCAGCUGUGGGGCGCUGACCACGCUGAUCAUGGGCGGGCACAGCGAAGAGGACAAGGGACACAUCGCGAACCUGGAGAACUUGCCCGGACAUUUUGAAGGCUGCAUCAGAAACGUCUACGUCCCGGUCCCCCUUCGCUAUCCACCCAAGUACUACGCUGUGUCCGUCUGCGAAUAA